GACGACGAGGCAGCCGCGUCCGCGAGCCACGCUCCUCAAACUUCGUCUUCACGGCUGGCCACCAGCCUGCAAUAAAUCAAUUUGCUUUUGGAAUAUCAGGAGUGCGCCUCGGUCUCCUCAGUUCGAAUGCCUUUCUGCGAAUAUUCCAGCUGGCCAUCGGAGCCUUGGCAUAACCCUAUCUACUGUGUGAUUUUGCCCGAGGACAAUGAGCACAGUGUACCGGGCAUUGGAAGCGAUGUUCUAACACACACCUACAGCUGCAGAAGAUUGAAGAGGGAAACCUGUGUCCACACGUGGGUAAUCGAAGACUUCAGCCUUCGAUUGGGUUCCCGUGACGAUUUCGUAGAGAGCGAUAAGUUUUCUCCAGAUGCUGAUAGUGAAUGGUGUCUGAGACUGUACCCAUGGAGCAAGGACAAUUUCUACGAUACGGUGUUCCUCGAGCUGGUGUUUCUCGGCACUGGGACUGCUGUGGCCAAAGGACAGUUCUGGAUAGUCAGUGGUAACGGGAGAACGGUGAGAAAAUGUGACAUGCUUAUUCGAAAGUUCACGCCAGAGAUCGACGCAUUCAGCGUGUGGCUCGGCGAGAAAAAAGAUUUUCUCGACACAGCCAAAGGACUACUGGUCGACGAUGUUCUUACCCUGUCGUGCGAAUUGACCACAGUCAAGGACACUGGUAUUUCUAUGGCCUGCACCUUACGAAAACCGCUGGAGGGACCGACUCUUAAAGACGACGUCAGCAGAUUCUCGGAGAACACGGACUUCACCGAUUUGACCAUCGUUGCGGAAAACAAAACAUUUCGCGUGCACAAGGUACUUUUAGCUGCGCGGUCACCCGUGUUUCAUGCGAUGUUCAUGAACGACAUGAAAGAAAAGCAGGAGAGCCUCGUAGAAGUAAAAGACCUGUCUGCAGAUGUCGUCAGGGAAAUGCUAACUUUCGUGUACACGGACGAAGCACCCAACCUGUGCAGUAUGGCCUGCGACCUUCUUCAAGCGGCGGACAAGUACGACUUGGAAAGGCUCCGCUCGAUGUGUGAAGAGCAAAUCGCUCUGUGCCUCACAGCUGAUACGGCCGUCGAUGCCCUCCGUUUGGCUGACAGGACUAACGCCGCUCAUUUAAAACGCGUUGCCACCCACUACAUCAACACGCACGCGGACGACGUCAGGAAAUCCGACGGCUGGGAGGCAAUGAUAGAGGAGGAGCCUCACCUUCUUGAAUGCAUCUACAGCGCCAUGUUUGAAGAGAAAGUGAGCAUAAAGCCGGAGGAAGGUUGGGAGUGACUCGCUGCUUUCGAGGGCUCUGAACAAGCACGAAAUACAUUUUGCGCGUGGAACUCUUUCACCAAAUACCUUCACACAUAUACCAGAAGUGGUCAAUGAAGGUCUUUCUAGAAUGCA